GCCAUACACUUCUCCAGAGCCAAGGAUAAACCGAGCGCAGCAGAACGCGAGCGCGUGAGGGACGCAGGGAGUGUGCGGGUUUAAUUCCUCAAAUUAUUAACAAAAAUGCAAAUUAUUACAUUAUUCCAGCUUGUUUCUGCUUCAUUAUUGGCACUGGCUGCCAAUGCAGAGGUGUACUUUAAAGAGCAGUUUCUGGAUGGAGAUGCCUGGAAGAGUCGAUGGGUGAACUCGGAGCACAAAUCUGACUAUGGCCAGUUUAAACUAACCGCCGGAAACUUCUACGGAGACGCUGAGAAAGACAAGGGUCUGCAGACCAGCCAGGAUGCACGUUUCUACGCCACCUCCGCCCGCUUCGAGCCCUUCAGCAACGAGGGCAAACCUCUGGUGAUCCAGUUCACCGUCAAACACGAGCAGAAGAUCGACUGCGGAGGCGGAUACGUUAAAGUCUUCCCGGCUGAUCUCAACCAGGCUGGCAUGCACGGAGACUCCCAGUAUUACGUCAUGUUCGGGCCGGAUAUCUGCGGCUACAGCACCAAGAAGGUCCACGUCAUCUUCAACUACAAAGGCAAGAACCACCUCAUCAAGAAAGAGAUCAAGUGCAAGGAUGAUGAAUUGAGUCACUUGUACACACUGAUUCUGAAUCCGGAUCAGACGUACGAGGUGAAGAUCGACAACGAGAAGGUGGAGUCUGGCUCUCUGGAGGAGGACUGGGACUUCCUGCCCCCGAAGAAGAUCAAGGACCCCGAAGCCAAGAAGCCUGAGGACUGGGACGACCGCGCCAAGAUCGAUGACGAGACGGACACCAAACCUGAGGACUGGGAUAAGCCCGAGAACAUUCCCGAUCCUGAUGCCAAGAAGCCAGACGACUGGGAUGAAGAUAUGGAUGGAGAGUGGGAACCUGCCAUGAUCCCAAACCCAGAGUACAAGGGUGAGUGGAAACCCAAACAGAUCGACAACCCCAACUACAAAGGUGUCUGGGUGCAUCCUGAAAUCGACAACCCUGAAUACACUCCUGAUGCCGAGAUCUACAAAUUCGACAAUGUUGGAGUCAUUGGGCUGGAUCUCUGGCAGGUAAAAUCGGGCACAAUUUUUGACAACUUCCUAAUCACAGAUGACGUGAAGGAAGCCGAGGAUUUUGGAAAUGAAACAUGGGGUGCUACAAAGGGUCCUGAGAAGAAAAUGAAGGAGGAACAGGAUGAGAAGAAACGCAAAGAGGAGGAGGAGAAGAACAAGGAGCAGAGCACAGAAGCAGAAGAUGAGGGGGAGGAAGAUGAAGGAGAGGAGGAAGAGGAGGAAGAGACCGAAGAGCCUCCAGAGGAGGGAGACGACGAUGAUGCGCUUCCUAAAGACGAACUGUAACGCGGGAAGUAGAGUACCGUCCACAUUCCGUGGUUGCCAGGGAAACGACCGCAGUGCAUUCAUUCUAAACACAACGCCCUUUGAGACGAUGAUGAUGUCAUACAGGGGCAAAUAGGCGAAUGAAAGUUCUCAACCCAUACGUUUAAUUUGCGACCAUUUACCUUUAACGAGCCAGUUUUUUGUUAUUGAAGAGUUUUCUGUACAGUUCCAGGGGUCUGAUAUGUUUGACAUCUUUUAAUGCUGAUCUAUGAUCAGUUUAUUGUGCCUUUCUUGUUUGUAAAAUCAAUGCCCAUAUUAGUUGAUGCUGUUGGUGUGCGUUAUGUUCAGUUAGUUUGAAGGAACUAGACGAAAUUCAUGAAGUUUACUUGAAUUAUAGUUAUGAAAGCCCGUUUUCACCACUGAAUACAAAAAUAAAAAGAACAUUUAUCUCACAGUUUUGACUUUUUUCCCGCAAUUCUGAGUUUAUAUCUCACAAUUUGGAAUUUUUGUUUUGCAAAUCUGAGAAAGAAGUAAGAAUUGUAAGAUAUAAACUCAAAACUGCAAGAUGUAAACUCAUUAUACUGAGAAAAUAGUCUGAAUUAGGAGCUUUAAACUCAACGUGGCAAGAUAUAAAGUAAGAAUUAUGAGAUAUAAACUCAUUAUACUGAGAAAGUAAGUCUGAAUUCUGAGAUUUAAACUUAAAAGUGCAAGGUAUAAACUCAAAAUACUGAGAUAUAAGAUGAAAAAUACUGAGAAAAAAGUCUGAAUUGUGAGAUUUAUACUCAAAAUUUUGAGACAAAGUGAAGAAUUUGAAAUAUGGAGUAAGAAUUGUAAGAUAUAAACUCAAAAUUGCAAAAUAUAAACUCAUUAUACUGAGAAAAAAGUCUGAAUUAGGAGCUUUAAACUUAAAGUGGCAAGAUAUAAAGUAAGAAUUAUGAGAUAUAAACUCAUGAUACUGAGAAAAAAAGUCAGAAUUGUGAGAUUUGACCUUAAAAGUGGUAGGUAUAAAUAUAAAAUAAUGAGAAAAAUAGUCAGAAUUGUGAAAUUUAUACUCAACAUUUUGAGACAAAGUGAAAAUUUUGAAAUAUAAAAUAAGAAUUAUGAGAGAUCAACUCAUAAUUCGGAGAAAAAACUCAGAAUUGUGAGAAAGUAAUUUAAUUUUUUUUUAAAUGUUUCUUCUGUAGCAGAAACAAAAAGCCUCAGAAUUAAGAAGAUCAGAAAAAGUCAGAAUACUGGGUUUAAAUCUCACAAUUCUGAUGUUUUUCCUCAAAGUCUGAACUGUGACAAAGUUACAAUUACAUUUUAGUUUUUUCUUCAUAGUGGAAACGGACUUCCAUAAAAAGCAUGGAAUGGCAUGUUACACAGUUCACGGCUUGCAUAGUUGUUCCUCAACACUGAAGCUGAAUAGUAGAGGAUGGUGAUGGUGUUAUUAAUGAGAGAUGAAUCAGAUCACAGGCUGGCUUUCAAACUAUAGUCCUCGUUUCUGAAACAAAAGCAGAACAAAUUCAUUUUUGUGUGUGUGUGUAAAUUGUUGCAGGAAAACUUGCAGCGAGGACCGAUGAAUGUUAGUACUGCAGUGCAAAAGAAACUCACAAUUGGCAUAAUGUUCCUUUAGCACUGAUGAUUUAGUUUUGUUCUGUUACCGCGGUAUGUGUGCUGUGGUUGUUAUCAAUCUCCUAAACGAUAUUCAGAAAAAAAAAAAAUCUUUUUCCAGCUCUAUUUAUUACAAGAGUCUUGCAGUUUGAGUUUCACCUUUCAGAUCAUCAGCGGCAGUAACAUUUGUGGUGUUUUGUUACUUGAAAAUAAAUAGCUACAAUAAGGGAUGUGGUAAUAUUUGCAAAGAUUUUAAGGCCUCGUUAAAGAACAAACUAGUUGUCUACACACUGUGAACUAAGUCCCAGAUGUUCAGAUUGGAUUGGUACUGAAUCCUGUUUAGUGACAUUAAACCACCUUUUUACAUGUUGAGAGUUGUAAUUAAUGCCAAAGUUUUAAUAAAUAACUUUAUUGUA